AUGCACGGUUUUGAGGACUUGGGUUUUGAGUUUGUGGAAGGAAAGGUUGUUUAUUGUGGUGCAAAGAAGGAUGAGGUUGAUUCCUUUGGAGUUUUUGAGCUUGAGGGAGAUGUCGAUUGUGAGAGAACUUCAUUUGAGGACUCUAUGAUUGAUUUUCAUGCCCUCGUUGGCGAUGUGAGACCUUGUAUUGAGGGAGUCAUGAACCCUUUGCCUAUUUCUCAUACCCCUUUUUCAAAGGCGAUAACACUGAGGUUGGGAACUUCCUAUGAAGGGUUAAAUGAGAGGGUUAAUGAGGAAAGGAAGGGAGAAGAAGAGAGUGUGAAUGAGGACAAUAGAGGUGAGAAAGAAAAAGUUGAUGAGAUAGAAGGAGGUUCGGAGAAAAAGAAGCUUGACAAUGAGAAGACAACUUCAAUUCCUAGUGAGGUUAGGAAUCUUGACGGACCCGUUCCUUUUCCCAAUCGACUUGCAAAGAGGAAGUUGAACGACAAGUUUGCAAAAUUCCUUUGUGUGAUGAAGAAUUUGCACAUCAACCUCCCUUUCAUUGAUGUUGUGAUACAAAUGCCAUCUUAUUUCAAGUUCCUCAAAGAUAUUCUCACCAACAAGAGGAAUCUCAAUGAUGAGCUUAUCACCCUUCCACAUCAAGUGAGUGCUCCUGCCCAACAUAAGAUGCCCAAGAAGGAAAAACGCCCGGGAAACUUCACUUUGCCGGUGAAAAUCGGGUACAUGGAAGCUAGGGGAGCCUUAGCCGAUCUUAGAGCAAGUGUUAGUUUAAUCCCUCUAUCUAUUGCUCAAAAACUCAAUAUAGAGAUGAUGCCUACAAGGAAGACAAUUCAAUUGGCCGAUCGGUUGGUUAAAUUACCUUGUGGAGAGCUUGAGGAUGUUCCAAUUCAAGUGGGACACAUCUACGUGCCUUGUGACUUUGUAGUCAUGGAUAUGGACGAAGAUGUUAACACUCCUUUGAUUUUGGGACGUGAAGCUCUUAAAAGUUUAGGGGAGGUCAUCAAUUUUAAGAACAACACCAUCACAUGUGAGGUGGCCGAUGAGAAGAUUGUCUUUGAGUUUUCUAAGUUGCUCAAGACCCCCAUGGUUGAAAAAUGCUAUAGAGUUGAUGUUGUGAGUGAGGAGUUAGAUCGCUUGGGGAGGGUCAUGAUGAAUCCUCAAGAUCCAAUGGUAGAAGCUCUAACAUGCAAGGAAGAGUUCCACUCUCAAGAGGCAAAAGAGUUUGUCAGGGAAAUGGAGGAAUCCUCAAAGGAGGAGGUUGAACAACAAGUUGAGAUCGAGCUUGAGUCCAAUGAGGAGAAAUUGGAGGAGAGUUCUAAGCCUCCUCUAAAGGUAGAACUCAUGCCCCUUCCCCCUUCUUUGAAAUAUGCUUAUCUUGAUAAAGAGGGAAAAUACCCUAUUAUAGUUAUGCUACCCUAG